UGCAAAUUGUCCACAUGUCGUACUAGCUUGUGGAUAUUCAGUGAAAUUACCUACGAAGAGUAAAUAGUUUCAACAGAAAUCAUCAACAAUGGCUAAAUUCGACCUCACGGCAAAGUAUUGCCAGUACUUGGAUCGCCAUUUGACAUUCCCUUUGCUGGAAUUUUUGCUCCCGAAAAAUGUCUUCGAUCCAACAUCGUUACUGAGAUUUAUCUUAGAAACGGUGAAGAAAACCAAUAUGGUCGAUUACACGAGGGACAUUCGUGAACGGUUGGCAGAGGAAAUAAUGGCUCCAGAAGAGCUGAGUUUACUUCGUGCUAAUGUCCUGGUAACGCUGAAGGAACUGCAGGCCGAUGUUGCCCCGUUGAUGAAAUGUAUGGAGGAGUUGAAAAAUCCGGAUACGUUGAAGGAUUCUAAAUCGGUUAUACAUGCGCUGCAGCAGACGCUGGAUUACGAUAUUAUCCAAAGCGCCCAGAAGCUGGCCAAGUAUCUGUACGAAUGCGGUAACUAUAAUGACUCCUUGUCAUAUCUGUACAUCUGUAUGUUGGUGAUGGAACCAAACGAUAAAAACUAUCUUGGCGUGCUAUGGGGCAAACUAGCUGUCGAGAUUCUCACUCUGAAUUGGCAAACUGCUCUCGAAGAUUUAACGAGGCUUCGUGAUUUCAUCGAGAACUACAAUUUCUCACCAAUUCAAGUGCUGCAGCAGCGCACCUGGUUGAUCCACUGGGGUGUCCUAGUGUUUUUCAACCAUAGCAAAGGACGUGAUCUGAUCAUUGAUAUGUUCCUUUAUAAACCGCAGUAUUUAAAUGCAAUCCAAACGAUGUGUCCCCACAUUUUACGUUAUCUUGCGACGGCUGUCAUCAUCAAUCGUGGACGUCGGAAUGCAUUGAAGGAUGUGAUCAAGGUGAUCCAGCAGGAGUCGUACACUUACCGAGAUCCAAUCACGGAGUUUCUUGAGCAUCUGUAUGUGAACUUUGAUUUCGAAGGAGCACGGAAGAAACUGCACGAGUGCCAGACGGUGAUCAUGAACGACUUCUUCAUCAUCGGAUGCCUGGAUGAGUUUAUAGAAAACGCCCGUUUGAUGAUCUUUGAAACAUUCUGUAGAAUUCAUCAGUGCAUCACGAUCGGAAUGCUGGCCGAUAGAUUGAACAUGAAACCAGACGAGGCAGAAUGCUGGAUUGUAAAUUUGAUACGUAACGCUCGGCUGGACGCGAAGAUUGAUUCUAAAUUGGGUCACGUUGUAAUGGGUACGCAGCCGCUCUCGCCAUACCAGCAGUUGGUAGAAAAAAUUGACUCCCUCUCUGUACGCUCCGAAGCAUUGACCCUCUUGGUCGAACGAAAGCACAAAGCUAAAACUCAAGAAGCUGGCGAAGGCCAUUGGAAAUAUUAUUAAGUGGGAAAUAACACCACAAGCUGUCAUUUUUCUUCCUCGAAUUGUUGAAGGUAGAAAACUUAGAAGGAUUUUUGGGUGAAAGGUAGAACGAGCAGAUUGAAUACGUUCAUAUUCAGUGUGCUGAAGAAAGAUUUGGUGAGGUGGAAACCGCUGAAGACCGCUUAGGAGGCAAAACCCGCCAAUAUCUCUGGUGGUUAGUCAACGGAAGCAAGCACUGCGAAUUUAAACUAUCAAAUCAGUCAUCUACAUAGAUGGUGAAUAACAUGCGGAUAUAUUGGAAUAAAGCCCAUACGUCGCAAAGAGAUCGUUGUUAAAUUCUGAAAUCUUGGACGAAAAGAACAAAACAAAAUUAAUUUAAUUAUUAUUUCUAUGAUAGAGUACAUGCAUCGAUAGAGGCAAUAAGAAUUAAUUUCUGUUCGUUCAUAUUUUAAUCAGAUUCCAUUCCUAUUUGUAUGCUACAUGCUGUCAUUCAUGAUCCUAAAAAUAA